AUGCUGUUGCCGCUCCUCGUGCUCGCCGCGCAGGCCGUACACGUGGCGCUUGCGCCGUCACUUGCGCCGUCACCUAGCAUCCGCGCUCGGGCUGCUUCCGCUCGCAGCGCCCUCCGCCUCGCAUUACCUCCGGAGGAGGAGACUGGGCCCGUCCUCGUCGUCGGCAGCAUCAACAUCGACCUCUAUGCCAAGCUGCGGGAGGACCGGCUCAGCUUUGGCGGCUCGCCGCCGGUGGACGUGAUGCCCGUCAAGGGUAUGACCCUGCCCGCCGCCUCCUUUGUCGAGAAGCUCGACGAGGCUGGGCUCGGCGGUGCUGCAGCCGCCUCGGACCCAAUCUCACUCGUGCAGAGCAUCGAUGGUCCGACGGGCACCGCUUACAUCCUGCAGUUCGAGGACAACGACAACGCCAUCGUGCUGGUCGGCGGCGCCAACCAGGACUGGCCCGGCUUGGCCUCGCUGCUGGGCGGAAACGAGGGCUCCGGCCUGCGAGCUGCCAUCGGCCGCUCCUCCGCGGUGAUGCUGCAGAGGGAGGUGCCCGAUCACGUCAACGUCGCCGUCGCGCAGUGCGCGGCCGCGCUGGGCAAGGACGUCUUCAUGGACGUCGGCGGUACCGACAGCCCUCUCGACCCGGCGCUGCUCCCGUACCUCGGCGUCGUCGCGCCAAACGAGUCGGAGCUUACCUUCAUCACCGGGGUCGAGACCAAGGGACCCGACGGCAAGCCGGAGCUGCAGCGGGUGCGAGCCGCCGUCGCGGCGCUCAAGGACUCGUGCCGCGCCGCGGGCAACCCUUCCGUGGAGGUGCUCGUCACGUUUGGAGGCGAGGGGUCGCUCCACUUCGGAGCCGGCUGGGACGGUGCCGGCGAGGCGGCGGCCGACGGCGCGCUGCCGCUCGAGUGCCGCAUGGGCUCCUUCGUGCUCGGCACCGCAGACGGGCGGCCGGUCGACACGACCGGCGCGGGGGACUGCUUCCGCGGCUCGUACGUCGCCGCGCGGUACGCGGACGGCAAGGGCGUCGCCGAGUCGCUCCGUUGGGCCGCUGCGGCGGCGUCGCUCGCGUGCGAGGUGGAGGGUGCGAUGGUCAGCAUGCCCGACCGAGCGAGCAUCUGCGAGCGGCUGGAGGGGCCGAUGGUGGGCGCGCCGCCCGCCUCGCCUGGUGCGCCGGCCCCGCAGGCGGAGAUGCCGGCGGGGCUGCAGCCCGCGUCGGCGUGGGGCAUCGGCGAGGUGUCGCCCGACGCGUCCCUCGUCCAGCGGGUCGAGGGCAAGAGCCGCAAGACGUGGCGGUUCUCGGACCUGUCGCGAGAGCGCGUGCAGGUGGCCGUGUCGAGCGUCGGCCGGCCGGUGCACGCCGACAUCCAGCUCUGGCUCGGCCCCGACUGGACGCCCUACACGCUGCGCGCCUACAGCGAGGACGGCAAGCGCCGGCCAGUGCAGACACUCGUCGGCACGCGCUGCAAGGCAGCGAUGGUCGAGGUGCGCAACUUGGGCGAGUCCGAGUUCCCCUUUGCCGCCGCCGCCAACUACGCAAAGGACCCGAUGGCCUCCCUGCCCAUCGAGCUGCCCGCCUCCACGCCAGGGGAGAGGGUCGACGGCGGCGCGCUCCGCUCCUUCGCGCUCGACCCGGCGGCGGGGCAGGCAGCUGAACGCGAGGGCGAGCUGAACUCGCUCUGCGUUGCCUUUGACACUCCCGACGCCGGCGCCACCGUACGCGUCGUCAACCACGCGCCCGUCGAGUUCCCGUGCUACAUCCACGUGCGGGAGAGGCGUGUGUAGCCGCGCCGCGCGGGAGCAGUUAGGUUAGAGCCUAGGGCGAAUGGCGCAGCGUGGCGUGUGCGCAUGUGUGCGCACUGAGCACUGCAGCCGUGAGAGCGACAGCAGCAGCAGUGAGAGUGACCGUCUCAAAUAUACAAGGUUUCAUUGUGAUGACCCA